AAAAGCUCACAUCUGAGAGUCACCCGGAAGUUACACCCUACAGACUGCCAGUGAGUCCAGACAGCCAAUAGUUUGAAAAAACGUCUCGGUUUGCGACUCGAGUGGAGGACGGAGGUGAGAUUAUCAGGCUUCAGCAGAGACGGACCUGCACGGCUGAAGGGAAUCCAGCGCAAUGGGCAGCAGCGACUCAAAACUCAAUUUCAGGAAGGCAGUGAUCCAGCUUACGACCAAAACCCAGCCAGUGGAAGCCACAGAUGAUGCCUUCUGGGAUCAGUUCUGGGCAGACAGCACUACCACAGUCCAGGAUGUUUUUGCACUGGUGCCAGCAGCAGAGAUAAGAGCUGUGAGAGAGGAGUCCCCAUCAAAUUUAGCAACCCUUUGUUAUAAGGCUGUGGAGAAGCUGGUGCAAGGAGCAGAGUCUGGCUGUCCUACGGAGAGGGAGAAGCAGGCCAUCCUGAACUGCGCUCGGAUCCUCACCCGCAUUCUUCCCUACAUCUUUGAGGACCAGGACUGGAGAGGAUUCUUCUGGUCCACGGUGCCGGGCGCUGGGCGGGCCGGGACAGAUGAGUUGGAUGAAGAUGAUGGCGCUCGACCACUCGCUGAGUCGCUGCUUCUGGCCAUCGCUGAUCUGCUCUUCUGCCCUGACUUCACUGUGCAAAGCCACAAAAGAGGCCCAGAUUCAGCAGAGAGCAUGCAGUCAAUAGACAGCUGUGAAUACAUCUGGGAGGCAGGGGUGGGGUUUGCACAGUCUCCCCCUCUCAAUUACAUCCAUGACCUCAACAGGACAGAGUUGCUGAGACUGUUGCUGACCUGCUUCUCCGAGGCCAUGUACCUGCCUCCUUCAUCAGACCACAGUGUCCUCAAUCCUUGGGUGACGUUCUUCUGCUCCACGGAAAAUCGGCACGCCCUGCCUCUGUUCACAUCCCUUCUCAAUGUGGUGUGCGCCUAUGAUCCGGUGGGCUACGGCAUCCCGUACAACCACCUGCUGUUCUCUGACUACCGGGAGCAGCUGGUGGAGCAGGCGGUGCAGGUCCUCAUCGUGACACUGGAGCAUGACGGAGGGAUUCCCCGCCCUCCUGCCUCUCCAUCCAGCAUGGAGGAGCAAGAGUCUGCAGGCCCUGAAAACCUGUUUGUGAACUAUUUAUCAAGAAUUCACAGAGAAGAGGACUUUGACUUUGUGCUAAAAGGUCUUGCUCGUCUGCUGACAAAUCCUCUGGCUCAGACUUACCUGCCUAAUUCCGCCAAGAAGAUCCAGUUUCACCAGGAGCUGCUGGUUCUUUUCUGGAAACUUUGCGACUUCAACAAGAAGUUCUUGUUCUUCGUCCUGAAGAGCAGCGACGUGCUGGAUAUUCUGGUCCCCAUACUUUAUUACCUGAACGAUGCCAGAGCUGACCAGUCACGCGUCGGGCUCAUGCACAUCGGUGUGUUCAUCUUGCUGCUGUUGAGCGGAGAGAGAAACUUUGGAGUGCGCUUGAAUAAGCCCUAUUCCGUCCACGUGCCUAUCGACAUCCCGGUGUUCACAGGGACUCACGCAGACCUGCUCAUCGUGGUGUUUCACAAAAUCAUCACUACAGGUCACCAGCGUCUCCAGCCUCUCUUCGACUGCCUACUCACCAUUAUUGUAAACGUUUCUCCCUACCUGAAGAGCCUGUCUAUGGUGGCUGCAAAUAAACUGCUCCACCUGUUGGAAGCGUUUUCCACCACCUGGUUCCUGUUCUCUGCUACCCAGAAUCACCACCUUGUUUUUUUCCUUCUUGAGACGUUCAACAAUAUUAUCCAAUACCAGUUUGAUGGUAACUGCAAUCUGGUGUAUGCCAUCAUCCGCAAGCGGAAUGUGUUCCACCAGCUGGCCAACUUGCCCUCUGACCCCAAUUCAAUCCAAAAGGCUUUGCAGAGAAAGAAGAAGUCACCAGAUGUAAUUUCCCGAACGAGCUCCCUAGAGACUGUAUCCAUGGAGGGCUCGCACCCGGCAGUUCCUGCAGAGCCCGGCACCCUGAAGGCCAGUCUAGUUGCCAUACCAGGCAUCGAUAAACUGACUGAGAAGUCCCAGGUUUCAGAGGACGGCACCAUGGUGUCGGUGCCAAAGACGCAGUCCCCGCAGAAAGUCCACUCGGACCAGAGUACAGCUGCUGGGACCAGCGACACCGAGUCAAACUCAGGCAGAGACAACGAAGAUGUUUUCUACACUGAAGCAGAAAUGGAGAGAAGACGAUUGUCGACUGCGUCUUCAACGUCAUUAUGGGCUCCCACACCAGAUUGGGUUGUUUCUUGGAAGUGCAAGUUACCCCUGCAGACUAUCAUGCGUCUUCUACAAGUGCUGGUUCCACAGGUGGAGAAGAUCUGUAUUGACAAAGGUCUAACGGAUGAGUCGGAGAUCCUCAAGUUUCUUCAGCAUGGCACAUUAGUGGGCCUGCUGCCAGUUCCUCACCCCAUCCUCAUCAGAAAGUAUCAGGCCAACGCCGGCACGGCCAUGUGGUUUCGCACUUAUAUGUGGGGUGUUGUUUAUUUGCGCAAUGUGGAUCCUCCCAUCUGGUACGAUACGGACGUCCGGCUUUUUGAGAUCCAGAGGAUGUAGACGGAAGGCUUUACGAAAGUUAAACAGACUGUUCCGACUCCAGGAUUCCUCCUCCCGUCUAUAGCUCCUGGUUUCCUGCUAAACCACACUGUGUUUAACCUUCAUUGUGACCAUGUUUGCUCCUUACACUACUCACUAGGGGGAGCAGGAAGACUUCUGACACUGAUGCCCAUAAACAACUGUGUUUGCACAUUUCUUCAGACCUCCAGACUACAGAAUGUUUAACAAAGGACUGAGACCAUUAGAGGCUUUGCUAAAGGCCGUGGCUCUUUCCUUGACAUUGUAAAGGGGAAAGAAGAAACAUUUAACUUUGGUCAGGUUUGUUAGAGAAGAUGUGGUGCUUUCCCGCAAAGGCAUGUAACCAAUCUUGGAUGGCACUGUAUUAGUGUUUGACUUUAUUUAUUAUACUUGUCAUGCUUUAAAGUGAAUUUGCACCUUUCUGAAUUGUUAAGUAUGGUUGUAAAUCAUGUGAUGUUUGGAGACAGUUAUACAAAUGUUAUGUUUUUAUGUAAAAUACCAGUUUUUUUGUGUUUGUGUUUGGCAGUGCUCUGUGUGCUUAAUGCGGAAACUUGAUUUUCUUUAAAUUGUUCUAAAAAGCUCAACAAUCUGCUUUGAUGAAAAUAUCAGAAUGAAGGUGUGCACUUCAGGAUAACUGUUCCUCAUAAAUGUUUAAACACUAAUCAAAACCCUUUCCUGAUUGCGUAUUAUGAAAGUCAACCUGGAAGUUGCACACUUGCAUUUUGACCACUAGAUGGCGCCAUGAUAUUUUUUUGAAAAAGUUUAUUUGGAUAAAUUUGCAGUGUUAUAAUUAAAACUGGUAGAUAUCUUAA